AUGUACCUCAGGGACUGCUCCCUGAGGUACAGGUUCCUCUCUACCUGCAAUGAGACCAUAUUCUUCCGUGUCCAGGAGACGGCGUGGGGGUACGAGCUGCAGCACACGGGGGUAGUGCGGCACGAAUAUUCAGUGGCCUCAGACGGGUCCCCUUCUGUCCGGCAAUAUAUGUUCUUUUUGGGGCUGCAGGCCCAUGUUGCCCACACCACCGUGAUCAAUGUCCCUCCAAUCAAUCUUCGGCAGCGUCUGAUCUUAAGCCGCCGCAGUGACAAGUUCAAUAUCAAUGACGCCUUUGGAGAUAUGCUAUGA